AUGGCAUCUUUUUUCAUACUCCCUCUGCUUCUCACCUUCGGGUUGGUCUGCUCGGCGCAUCCACUUGACGCACGACAGUCAACUGCCCCCUUCAAGCUAUAUGCAUAUGGCAAGGGUAUUAGCGGAUUGCCUGUUUUUUACAAAAAUGGUAUCUCAACUUCCAAAUCAAUGACGCAAAUUGCCUCGUCAACUGACUCGUCAAACAAUUGGAAUGCGUACCCCAGCUCCACAGAACUGUCUGCUCCAUUCUCGACAAACAUGCUGUGCCUAAGCCAAGGCAAUACAUCGGCGAACCCGGUUAGCUUCUGCGGGACAUCCAAGGCAGAGCGCUCAGACAGGCUUACCGACAUCUGGACACUGUAUGGCAACUAUGUGCUGGUCACGAUAAGCGGGGUUAAUUUUUACGCUAAAUCAAAUGGCACAGACGGCCUGUACUCGCUGCUUUGGAGUACCUCAGCUGAAGCAAUGACAGAUACUAUACCGCUAGUUCUGCGGACCACCAAGCCGGCGACGGGUUCUGUGCUCGCUUGA